AUGAGCGGAAUACUUAAGAGGAGGUUUGAGGAGGUGUCCUCCUCGCCAUGCUCCUCGUUGCGAGAGUCUGAUUACGAGGUCUCCUGCAGCGAGAGCGGGGACAGCAGCGACAGUGUCAACCCCUCGGCCUCGGGCACGUUCACCCCUGAUUCCAUAAUGAAGCGAGAGAAGCGUGUGAGGACGAGGAGGGUGCACUUUGAGAACGUGACGGUGUACUACUUCAGCCGGCGCCAGGGUUUCACCAGUGUGCCCAGUCAGGGAGGCAGUACGCUGGGCAUGUCCAACAGACACAGCUGUGUCAGGCAGUUCUCCCUGGGAGAGUUUGCCCUGGAGCAGGAGAGGAUCCACAGAGACAUGCUCCGAGAUCAUCUGAAGGAGGAGAAAAUCAACUCCAUUAAACUCAAGCUGACUAAGAACGGUACAGUGGAGUCGGAGGAGGCCAACACGCUCACGGCUGAGGACAUCUCUGACGAUGACAUUGAUCUGGAAAACACGGAGGUGGAUGAGUACUUCUUCCUCCAGCCCCUCACCACGAAGAAGCGCCGGGCUCUGCUGCGGACCUCGGGGGUGAAGAAAAUUGACGUGGAGGAGAAGCACGAGCUGCGGGCCAUCCGGUUGUCCAGGGAGGACUGUGGCUGCGACUGCAGAGUGUUCUGUGACCCAGAGACAUGUGCGUGCAGCGUAGCAGGAAUCAAAUGCCAGGUGGACCGCAUGUCUUUUCCCUGUGGCUGUACCAAGGAGGGCUGUAGCAACGCGGCCGGCCGGGUGGAAUUUAACCCCAUCCGUGUACGGACCCACUUCCUGCACACCAUCAUGAAGCUAGAGCUGGAGAAGAGCCGCGAGCAGCAGCAGGCCUCCCCUGCCAAUGGUUACCAUGGCGAAAGCAACGGCCACAGCCACGGCAACCCGCUGGUCCAGACCCAACAUAGUCUGGAGUACUCUCUGACAGACCCAACACUCCAACAGUCUGCCAUCAUGCACCUCCAGACAGCUGACAACAUGGAAGAGCCUCUAGAUGAUGAGGAUGAGGACGAUGAGGAGAAUGAGGAGGAUGAGGAGGACGAAGAGGACAACAGCAGUUUAUGCAGCGGACUGUCUGACUCCAGCACUCGGAGCUUGGCUAACAGUGACUCUGAGGAAGAGGAGGAUGAGGAGGAGGAGAAGUCGGAGGACUUUGAGGAUGGUGUGAGCACGCCGCCUGUGUCCCACACAGAGGUUGUCCCCCUGUCCUCUGUGUUGUGUUACUCUGAUGGCACCGUGCCACAGGACAACCACAUUGAAAAGCACAUGAAUGGAAACUCUUAUUUACUCAGCUCCCAAGCCGAGUAUUAUCAGCAGGAGAACCCCAGUGCUGUUGCCUCUGCCAACGGGACGGCCAGCCAACCCAGUGAAACUUACGGAGAGGCCUUAUCAUUCCCACACCCAGUUAGCACUAGCAGCGGGGCCAUGCCACAAGGACCAUUCAACAUGGCCGCCGACAAGGCAGAGCAGUACACAGACUACCCCCACCAGGCUGAGGAACAGUACACCAAUCAACACUUUACCCUGACCAACGGCAGAGCAGCAACCACUGCCAUGGGCUGCUGCACACCUGACCUGGAAAACAACAUGGUCCAAUCUAAAGGAACAUUCCCUGAGCAGCCUGGGGGCAUUAGCCAGAUGGAGUUCCACAACAACUACCUGAACAAUAAGAGCUCCCAGAAAGGCUACGGUAGUAAUGGGAAGUGUUUUGUAACAGAGCAGCCAAAGGAAGUGUCUAGUGCUAAUGAUUUGUCUGAAGGGCCUUCUCUAGCAGACAGUACAAAGACCUCUGCAUUAGCAGAAAAUCUCCCCCAGGUCGCACCAGUUUAG